CGGGCUCAUCGCUGGUGUCAAUCGGUUUAGCUUUGGAAAUUGGAAUCCUCGUCCUUCCCUUACAAAGAAGAGGGUAUGCAGAGGCACGGGGCAAGGAGACUCACUGCCCAGGCUCCUCUUGCCAUCACCAAAUGGACCAGCUACCACAAUUCGCUCUCCACCACUCCUCACUUGCUCCACGAAAAUAAAGAUCAUCAAUUAUUCUGCGACCUUCUUGAAGCCUGCAAACUCUCUUCGGAUUUAAAAACUGCAAUUGAAACUCAUGCAAGAAUUAUUAGAUUUGGGUAUGCAACACAUUCGUCUCUUUCAGCUUCUCUGAUUUCUAUUUAUGUGAAUUGUGAUCGCCUCAAUCUUGCUUAUCAAGUAAUCAAUCAAGUUUUCUCUUGGACCAUUGAUUUGGUGGCUCUGAAUUUGGUUAUUGAAAAUUUUAUGAGGGAAGGAGACUAUGAGAUUGCCAACAAGGUAUUUUGCAAAAUGCCCGCCCGAGAUGUGGUCACAUGGAAUUCAAUGAUUGGAGGUCUUGUUAGAAAUGCACGUUUUGAGGAUGCAUUGAGAUUCUUCCGAGCAAUGCUAAGCUCAAAUGUUGAGCCGGAUAAGUUUACAUUUGCCUCUGUUAUAACUGCAUGCGCAAGGCUUGGAGUCCUUGAUCAUGCUCAGUGGGUGCACGACUUGAUGGUUAAGAAAAGAAUUGAAUUGAGCUUUAUUUUGAAUUCUGCGUUAAUAGAUAUGUACUCAAAAUGUGGUAGAAUUCAAAUUGCAAAACAAGUUUUUAUUAGUGUUCAGCGCAGUGAUGUUUCCAUUUGGAAUUCAAUGAUCAAUGGGCUAGCGGUUCAUGGGCUUGCUUUAGAUGCAAUAACAUUAUUCUCCAGGAUGGAGGAGGAAAAUGUUUUACCUGAUUCUAUAACUUUUCUUGGAAUUUUAGCGGCAUGUAGCCAUUGUGGUUUGGUCAAAGAGGGCCGCAAGUACUUUGAUUUAAUGAAAAGCCAUUACUUAAUUCAGCCACAACUUGAGCACUAUGGAGCAAUGGUUGAUCUAUUGAGUCGAGCUGGGCUUCUGGAAGAGGCUUAUGCCACUAUUAAAGCAAUGCCAAUGGAGCCAGAUGUUAUUAUAUGGAGGGCACUUCUUAGUGCUUGCAGAACAUACCAAAAGCCAGGGCUAGGUGAAGUUGCCAUUACAAAUAUAUCACGCCUUGAGAGUGGGGAUUAUGUCUUGCUGUCAAAUAUCUACUGCUCUCAGAAGAGAUGGGAUAGUGCACAAGGAGUGAGAGAAAUGAUGAAAAUGAACCGAGUUCGUAAAAUUCGGGGAAAGAGUUGGUUUGAGUGGGCGGGUGUGGUACACAAAUUUAAGGCAGGUGAUAGAUCUCAUCCUGAAGUGGAAGCAAUAUACAAAAUAUUGGAAGGAUUAAUCCAAAGGACCAAGUUGGAGGGAUUUUUGCCCGCAACAGAGUUGGUUAUGAUGGAUGUCUCUGAGGAGGAAAAGGAGGGAAACUUGUAUUAUCACAGUGAAAAGUUGGCAUUGGCCUAUGGGAUCUUUAAAACUUGCCCUGGAACAGAGAUUAGGAUUUCAAAGAACCUUCGAAUCUGCAAUGAUUGUCACAAUUGGAUAAAAAUGGUUUCGAGGCUGUUAAGCAGGGUUAUCAUUGUAAGGGAUCGAAUUCGUUUUCACCGGUUUGAAGGUGGCUCAUGUUCUUGUGGAGACUAUUGGUAGUCGGUUCCAGAAAACUUACUUGGUGAAUGAGUUCUUUUAGGGUAGGUGGAUAUAGAAUUAUUCAAGGAAUCCACAAGCUGAGGUAGCAGGAUUAAUUUCUUAAGUAAUGCCUGCACGCUGCACCCAGUCCCAUCCCCACAAGCAGAUUGCUAAAGUGCAGGGAUCUGAUUGGCCCAAAAUGACAUGAUGUUAUUCCAUGCAGGUGAAUGACUUAGUCACCCAUUGACAAAUUUCAAUGACCAAACAUUAUUCCGUUGCUUGAAUUAGAGGUGAAGUUUGCCUUUUUUCGGUAGCAAUGGGGCUUUUGCCUAAAGGAUCCCCCGUACCAAACUUGUGUUGUUGGAGGAUGCACACUUAAAAUGGCAAGCUAUAAGACUUAGUUGAACUGUGCUUCAUACGGAAAAGGAAAAGGCAGCCCAAAAGGCAAAUCUAUCUUCGCAAGAAUAACAUGUUGCAGUGCCGUGAUAUUGUUGCAGGGGAAGGCACAAGCACUAUAAAGAGUUUACAGAUUAACUGAAGAAAUUACCUUUAUUCUUUACAAGUUUGAGUCAUUGUCCAUAGCUCAUUUGUACACGGUGCAAAUGGGCAUAGGAUUGAAGUCCAAUCUUUUAUAAUAUGAUGAGUCACAUAAUGAUGCUAAGUUCCUCAGUAUAUGCCGGGUAGCUCUGAAAAUUAGUUGUUAACGAAGAACUGGGAUGUAGAUAUCACAUGCGUGAUUCAUUUCGAAUAGAAAGCAUUCAGCUAUUUAUACAUACAAUGCACCCUUGUAGAGGCCCUUAUCCUGAGAAAAUACAUAAUUGAAUUGUGUAACAUCCGUCUCAAAUGGAUUUUGUGUCUGACAUUCAAUCAUUUAUUGGUUAAAUGUUGAAUUUUCAUCUAAGUUUUUCUGAUUCAA